CAGUAGGUACAGGUGGGCAGGCUCUCUUUCACACACUCUCACCUAAUCCAGCCUCUGCAGUUAGUGCAGGUUGUGUGCAGUCCUGGUGGAAACUUCAAAGCACGCCACACUCUAACAGCGACAGGAGCAGAGACAGAGCAGACUGAGGAAGCAUGAACUCAGACAUGGUGCAGUACUCCGGAGUAAAGUGCAGUGAUGACAUACCUAGUGUGCUCACUGAUGAUAGCUACUACACAAAGAAGAAGCGAUAUGUGAGAAAAGAUGGGAGAUGUAACAUGGUGGUGCGCCAUGUUCCAGAGCAGUGGCUCCUCUGGGUCACUGACAUCUUCACAACCCUGGUGGAGAUCCGCUGGAGGGUCAUGUUCUUGACAUUUGCCCUCUCCUACAUCUUAUCAUGGCUCCUUUUUGGAAUUUUGUUCUGGAUCAUUGCUCUCACCCAUGGCGAUAUGAAAGAGCCCACCAAUGAGCCAUGUAUGUAUGAGGUGCGAAGCUUUACGGCAGCAUUCCUUUUCUCAUUAGAGACCCAGACAACCAUUGGUUAUGGUUUUCGUGGCAUGUCCGAAAACUGCAUGAUCGCCAUAAUUUUUGUUACUAUCCAAGAUGUCAUCAGUGUCUUCAUUGAUACUUUUGUCAUUGGUGUAGCAGUUGCCAAGAUGGCAUCUGCCCGGAAGAGAGCCCAAACGGUCGGAUUCAGCAAAUGUGCCGUGAUCAGCUUACGUGACGGCCACCUAUGCCUGUCAUGGCGGGUGGUAGACUUUCGAAAAAACCACAUGGUGGAAGGGACAGCUUAUGCACAGCUGGUCCAGCACAUGGCCCAUGCCUGUGGGAAAAUUGACAUUUCAUACAAAGAUCUCAUCAUUGAAGAAAGCAACAUCAUCCUGGCCACCCCUACAACCAUAGUUCAUAAGAUCAGCCCCGACAGUCCUCUGUACAAGGUGAGCUUGCAGGACUUGAGGAAGGAGAACUUCGAGCUUGUCAUGUCUUUCACCUACACGGACGACUGCACAGGCAUCCUCCACCAGUCACACACAUCCUACACCCCAAGUGAGAUUCUGUGGGGCCAGCACUUUCAAGAGAUGAUAAGGGUCACCCGCAAGAACUACAGAGUGGACUACGCCCUGUUCAACCACACAGUUAAAGUCCUGGUCCCAGAAUUAAGCGCAGAGAAUUAUGACCUAAAGAAGUGCUCUCCACAGCCAAAACACAAACCACUACACAUUAGUUCUCCAACAGCAGCUGUGGAGUUGGUUAAUUGGAAUGGUCUCGAUGCCGAAAAAGCCUCUACCAGCAGUGCCGUCCAAGAGUACAAGCUAUAACAGUGGGCCAGAUACAUAAUGACUCUAUAGCACUUUGAAAUGAGGCUUCCUUAUAGGCUUCAGUAGUAUAAGCAAUACUGCACUAAAGUAGUUCAGCCAAAAAUGAAACUUCAAGCAGGAUCUCAAGAAGUUUUGUCACUGUAGCAACAUUUUUGCAAAAUUAUAUUAUGUGACUCCUUACACGUAUCGUGGCAGUUCUGAGGUGAAGUGUCCACUGAGUUGUGCUAAAAGAGAGCAUAUUCUUCGUGGCUCGUACACUAGUCUUUUUCAUCACAAGUGCAAUGCUCUAUCAGUUGAGCUACUGCGCAAUUUGAUCGCAAGUGAUUGUAAAUGUAGUUGGUUAUGCACAGCAAAAUUUCAAAUGUUUUGCCUUACAGGUCAUGCACUAUAGUAAAAUUGUUUAGAUGUCAUAAGGCUUUGGUGUUUCUGAACUGAUAAACUGCUCUUUUAUUCAUGAUUUCAGUGAAACCGAAUAAAACACAUGUUGUUCUAGCAUCUCUAAUUUCAAUUUAGCCAGGAAACUACUGUGAUGCGUACAAGAUGAGUAAAUGAUGGCAGAAAUGUCAAUUUUAGGUGAACUAAAAUAUCCCUUUAGGACUUGGUGUUGAAAAUAAGUAGGACAAUCUAACAGAGAUCUAUAGGCCCAUCUAAUAUACAUGGAACUGGAAGAUCACGUUAAAGCCCUGUAGGUACUUUGGCUUUGAUGAGAUUACU